UCCAGAUGAUGACUAUGGAUAUAACAAAAACCGAACCCAAUGUGGGUCCCAAUAACUUACAAAAUACCAACAACAAUCAAACGAACAACGCCAACAGCAAUAGCAUAACAGCAGCGGCCAACAAUAACAACAACAAUGGCAGUCAACUGUGUGCCGGCUGUGGCAAACAUAUACAGGAUCGAUAUUUAUUACGAGCUUUAGAUAUGCUGUGGCACGAGGAUUGCCUGAAAUGUGGCUGUUGUGAUUGUCGGCUGGGUGAGGUGGGUUCGACCCUCUACACCAAGGGCAAUUUAAUGCUCUGCAAAAGAGAUUACUUAAGGUUGUUUGGCAACACUGGUUAUUGUGCUGCCUGUAGUAAAGUAAUACCGGCAUUUGAAAUGGUCAUGCGGGCACGAACAAAUGUCUAUCAUUUGGAAUGUUUUGCCUGUCAACAGUGUAAUCACAGAUUCUGUGUUGGUGACCGUUUCUAUUUGUGCGAAAACAAAAUACUCUGUGAGUAUGACUACGAGGAACGUCUGGUCUUUGCCUCGAUGGCCAAUCAUCCAAUGCUGAAACGGCAUGUCAACUCCAUAGGCCAGGAUACAUCGAGUGGUGGUGCUGGUGGACCUGGUGCCAGUGGUGGUGGUCCCGGCGGUAUGAUGGGUGGUGCUGGGGCAAAUGGUCCACGCACUCCUGGUGAUUUGAAUAAUAACGGCCCCCAGACAGGUCCUGGUAGUUCACCCUUUGGUGCUGGCACAGGAGCUCAUAUGAAAAAUUCAUUAGGAGCUUCAAGCUAAAAUAUAACGACAACUUCCAUGGGCCACAAUCAUAGACGGCAUUAUUGGAUGAAUCGUGGACAUUACCAAAGAAA